AUGUCUUCUUUCAAAGUUUUCCACGUUGCCCCAGAGCAGCCUACAAACCUGGCAGACAGGACUUCAAUCCCCCUGCCUGGGAGCGACCUGGAUCCUGAGCUUAUAGUCAACUCCAUCACCAUCCCUCGUCCUUUAGAAACCGAUCGCCUCCGCGUUUCCUUGGCAAAAACACUGCAGCUCUUCCCGCUGCAUUGUGGAACCCUCAAGCGAGAAGUAACUGGCAAUGCUUGGUCAAUCAGACUGACAAACAGACCCGUACGCCUCGUGGUGGGUGUGACGGAUAACCCGGGGCCCUUCUCCGACCAGUGGAUGGGGGAGACGCAUUCAGACUACUACGAGGAAAUCGACCGCGAAACCAUGUUCAGCGAACGUGAUACUCCUUUAUUUCUCGCCAAAGUAACCACGUGGAGAGAAACAGGACAGACGGCUCUCUUUGUCUGUAUUUGGCAUGGCCUGGGAGACGCUUUUGCUGCCCUGCACUUCCUCAUGACUUGGUCAGCAUUAUACCAGGGCAAACCCCCUCCUGGCGAUCCGACGUUUUCCAAGUUUUUCUUGCCGGCACCAGAGAUUCUGUCCACAUCUUCAUAUACAUCAGAGCUGUCAAGGCUAUCAUACCUUUCUCUUGCAUUUGAGCCAGAGUUCUGCGCUCGCAGAAAUACGCUUAUCAAAGAGCAGACCGUUCGCUUAGACAUUGACGUUGCAGGAUGCUUCGUUGACAAGAUUUGGGCAUCAGUCAAACAAGAGAGCCCCGUGAACAAUGGCCAUGUGGGUCGGGGAGAUGCGUUUUCGGGUUACUUGAUAGCAGCCCUUCAAGGCUCCUUUGAGAAGCCCGUCGAGACGUUGUUUCAAUUUGUUUCGGCUCGAGGCCGCUCCGCAACCUAUAAUGGUCAAAACUUGUAUUUCCCCCGUUCCACUCAGGGUAAUGUGUUUGUCCUGUGGUCAACCCCAAUUACCACUGCGCCAAAUGAGCAAACGCCCCGAACACUUGCUCAAACGCUAUUCAGGGGCCGCAGUAGUCUCGCGGACAGGGACCGUCUCGGCCGAGCACUCAUGCUCACAAACUACCUUUGGAGUAGAGCUUUUGCCGAGAACAAGAGGAUCAUAGACAGUGGGUUUCAAGACGCAAUCAUCAUCAAUUGGCUUGUUGGGAUUGGAGGCAACGAGGCCCACUUUGGAUUUCCUCUUGAAUCCGGCAACGUGGAUUGGGAGUCCACGGAGAAAUUUGUCCAGGUUUGGAAUGCCAAUCCUAUGAAGCAGACUGAUGGUACUUGGCGAAGAGAUCCCGGGGGCGUCCAUAUUUUACUUCGGCUUCAACCAAGGCAUGCAACCAAGUUUCUUGAAAAGCUGCGGCAGGAUAUGGAUCGUCUGUCGAUUGAGCAGUCAUAUCCAUCAUCUCCGACUUCACUUAUACGCCGCCUGCAAGAUGUAGAGUCACACGGUCUUGGGGUGGAAAGUCGUUCCACGGAAAAGGCUAUGCUCUAA